AUGUACCCGUGCAUGAAGCUGGCCGUGCCUUCGACGCCGCCCCCGGCCGCCGCCCCCGGCGCCGCGACGGCCGUGACGGGGGGUCCUCCGGCGGCGCGCGGCUCGCCCGCCGCCCCCACCCCCGCGCCACCGCCCCCGACGCGCUGCUGCGACACGGGCCGCCCCAUCUUCGCGGACCCGCUGACGGGCCAGACGGUGUGCUCGUGCCAGUACGACCUGCUGGGCUACCAGCGCCUCGCCUCGGCGGGCGUGGGCGGCGCCGGCCUGCCCGCGCUCUCCAUGUACAGCGCGCCCUACGGCGACGGCAUGGCGGCCUACUUCCCGGCGCUGGGCGCCGACCAGGCGCCCUUCUACACCGCCGCCGGCCUUGACCUCAAGGAGAACCUGGCGACGGGCGCCGCGACGUGGCCCUACCCCUCCGUGUACCACCCCUACGACGCCGCGUUCGCCGGCUACCCCUUCAACGGGUACGGCAUGGACCUGAACGGCGCGCGGCGCAAGAACGCGACCCGGGAGACGACGAGCACCCUCAAGGCGUGGCUCAACGAGCACAAGAAGAACCCCUACCCCACCAAGGGCGAGAAGAUCAUGCUGGCCAUCAUCACCAAGAUGACGCUGACGCAGGUGUCCACGUGGUUCGCGAACGCGCGCCGCCGCCUCAAGAAGGAGAACAAGAUGACGUGGGAGCCGCGCAACCGGGUGGAGGACGAGGACAACAACAACGAGGGCGACGACGAGGGUCGCAAGAGCGCCGACCACGCCAAAGACCCGGACUCCAAGGACUCCGGCACGGCGUCCAGCGAGGACGGAGACCGCGCGCCGCACCCGGGCCUCGACACGGCCAGCGAGUGGAGCGAGUCCCGCGCCGACAGCGGGCCCGACUCGCCCGAGUGCCUGUUCGAGCGGCCGCCGCACCUGCUGCGCUACCACCGGCCGCCCCCUAUCGCCGCCUCCGGCUCGCUGGCCGGCUCAUCCCCGCCUCCGCCUGCCCCUCCGCCGCCGCAGGCCGGCCCCAAGCCGCGAAUCUGGUCGCUGGCGGACAUGGCGAGCAAGGACGGCGACUCGGCGCAGGCCGGCAGGCUGCUGUCGCCGCUCGCCACCCGGGUGCUGCACCCACACGGCCUCCACUACGCCCGGCCCGACCUCUACCGCGGGUUCUACCCGGCGGCGCACCACCACCACCACCUGGGGGACGCCUCCCUGCUGGAGAGCUACUCGCGGGGGCUCGUCGGCGCACCCUUCUCCGCGGCGCUGCACAAGGCGUCCUUCGGCGGCCCGCUGGGGCUGACGGUGCCCGCGUCGGCGGCGUCUUCGUCCUCUUCCAGCGGCUCCGAGCAGCUGGAGGCCCGGGCAGAGGGCAAGCAGCCCCAGGCGGGCCGCGCCUGA